CUCACACAUUUCUGAUUUGUGUACGCCACACAGCCUCGACGUUGAGGCAUCAUUGCGACGGUAUCCCCACUUGAGGGAAUGCUACGGCAGGUACGGGCGCGGUUUGCGCCCUCCGUCAGCGCUUUCACGUACGACGGAGCUCUGCGUUGUUUAUCUUCGGCCUCUUCAUCCAGUAAAACCCCCACAACCACCAAAGACCCUCCCAAGUCCUCAGACGACACCCUCGAAGAGCGGAUCAUCUCGGCGCUGGUUGUCAAUCGCCCAGGCACGCUGGCACAGAUAGCGGAUGUAUUCGGCUACGCGGACCAGAACAUCACGGGCCUGUGUGUACGCUCCACCGUCGUGCCCGAGCUCUCGCGCGUCACCAUCUCGUGUUUCCUGCGAGAUCGAGAGCUUCCUGCACUCAAGAAGCGGCUUCGCGCCCUCGUGGCCGUGACGUUUUUCCACCUCACGACUGUCAACUUCUGCGUCUCCAACGAGCAGCUCCUACUACGCUCUCAGUUAUUGUUGCAAAUCCGAAGGGACCCACGUCGCCAGCGGCAAUUGCUGCGGAUAUUGCACGAGUUUGGCGCCGAGCUCAUCGUCCCACACGACGAACAGGACGCAGAAAGCGACGAUCCGCUGGUAGCAAUCGACGACGACGAAGACUUUGACGAAGACGGCGUUCCGUUCUCCCACAGCAGCGCCGCCUCUGCAUCUCAAUUCUUAACAAUCGCUGACGAGCCUGAUAAACUAAUUAAAUUCAUGGGCGCUCUCACAGAGGAAGGCUUCAAGAUCCUCGAGACGCAGACAUGUGGGCCAGUAUUCCUAGACACCUCACACUCGACACUGGAUCCAGAGAACGCCUACUCAUUCCGUCGCGAAGUUGCGUCUGAAGUGGAGAAUUUACUCGUGAUACCGACAGAUAACGAGGCGACCACCGCUGACCCUACAAAGACAGAAAGUGAGAUCCAAGGUGGUAGUGCUCAUGUGAGUGAUGGAACAGCGUCAGCGCUUCGACAAUUGAACAAAAACGUUACCCUAACAGCGACAAGCUCCGAGAUAGACCCACUGGAUGCCGACGUCAUGAUUCCUUUGCCACCAACGUCCACAUUCCAGCUGCAUACGAACGACCAGGGCUACUUCUCACCCAAUCGACUGCAGUUACAUGCUCGCAUCGCUCAGCAGCUCCACUCUUCUGCGCCUCAAGACUUGAGUAUUCCCAAAUUCGUGCUGCUGCUAGGUAUCCCUGGUUCCGGCAAGUCUACAAUGUUGAGCCACCUCGACCUCAUGGGGCAGCUCACGUUGCAGGAUUUUGUAAACUUCGACGUGGACGAUGUCAUCGCACUUCUUCCCGAGUUUUACCAUGCGAUGUUGAAUGUGGGUCUAGGCAACGAGCCGGAAAGUCGCAGUGUGACGGACCCUGAAGCUGCUGAAGUGAGCUCGAAGCCCCAUGCGAAGCUCUUGCCCGGUCCUCAGACACGCUACCAGCUUUGUCGAGACGAGGCACGAUUUAUUCUUAAGAAGAAUCUCCACAGCGCCAUCAUGUCACGCAAGAAUAUUAUUCUCCACGGCAGCGGCAAGAGCUUCACCAGUUACGCCCAAACGGUUGAUCAAGUGAAGGCUGCAGGCUUCGACGUCCACGUGAUAUGUCUGGACAUCCCGUUAACAGAGGCCUAUAAGCGCGUGGACAAACGCAGCAGUGGCUACGGACGUGACGUCCCUCGGUCAAUUAUCGACACGGCUUCAUCGUUGAUCACGCGCAAUUUCCGUCGACUAGCGAGUCGUGUGCCUAAUGCGCACCUUUUUGACAGCACAGCGCUCCCACCGCGGUUGGUUUGGAGCAAACAGCGUUCGGAGAUCGUGACGGAGCACCCAGAUGACAAUGUGCAGCGCAAGUACGGCAUCGAGUAAUUAUUUACGCAGAAACAACAUUUAUUAGGACGCAUCUAAACGGAAUACGCGGCAGGGGCAACUGAUCCGGGCGUGGAGUCUGUUUGCUUGGCGUUGUUCUCGGGAGACACGAACUGGACAGACCGCACUUUGUUCUGCAACGUCUCCUUCAUGCCCGUAGUGUUGCUGGUCACGUUGGUUUCGAGGGUCUUGCUGUUAUCGGUGAAGCGGUAGGACAUGGCACCUGUACCCUGCGCGACGUCCUUCUGCACGAUAGACUUGAGAGGAUCGUUGUAGUCCUGGUUCUCGUAGAGGAUCACAUCGAAGUCCUUCGUGUCGGACUUGAACAGCAUGAGUUCGGUGAUAGAGUCCCAAUACUUGGUUUCCACUUCAGGUACACUAUCAGAGUAGCAGACGCCGUAGCCGUCGCCAGAGUCGGGGACUCCCAGGAAACAUGCACGUCCGGCCUGCUCCACGUAGACUUCUUGGACAGAGUGGUCACCGCUGACGUUGUAGCCUGUGUUGGCCACAUCUUUUGAGAUGACAUCGACGUGUUCAUCGAAAGGCACGUCUGUCACACGAACGUUCGCUACAAGAUCGCAGCCUUUGCCGAACUUGAUGCUCCCGAUCGUACCCGGCGCUGUGAUCGGGUUCACCUUCGUGCAGCUCUUCAAGCGCUUACCGAUGCAAAACUUGGAUCCAGCAUAGUUUAUCUGCUCGUAGAAACACACAGAGCAGUCUCCAGCGACCUUGGGCAGGAUGUUGACCUUGCUCUUGAACUGGUUGCACCACGUCUGGUCGCUUGAAGUCGCAGCCGACGCUGAGCAGAUUGCAAGUGCGAGGAAGGAGACGAUAUGGGCCAUGAAGAUAGAGGAGCUCAAGAUAUGCGUCACUCAGCAAAUUGAAUUGUGGUACGCACGACAUGAGCGACGAUCUCCCUCCCCCUUUACAUUGCAGCGCUGGUCAGCAUGGAAGAGGAAGACAAGUGGGUUGACCAUAUGACACCCACUCACACUGUUCGAACCAGUUAUUCGGCAUGUGGUCGCUGAAAUAGCACAACACCUGAAACAAAAGCAGAUAGUCGACAUCAUACGAACGGCAGAGAUUGUCCACAACUCGUCCGGACAGUUGCAAUGUACUGUCAUGCGAUUAAGUUUGUCUUGAACUGUACUGCUGUUUCAGGUUUUCAUAAUGCUGAAUUUCUGCAGGCGACACCGAUGGAACCACCUGCGAAAGCGCCGUCAUAAAGUGCUCUUGACCAACAGGUACACGCAACUCUUCAGGCGACAAUCGGUUGAGAAGUAGACGGAUUGUCAUGGGACUUGAAGAGUAGCAGUCCUCCGCGUUGAUCUCCUCUGCAAGAAACACAACAACACCAAUAUAUCAGAGCUGGCCAGUCGAAUUAACUCGCUAGAGCGAUACGUACCGAGUUGUUUGUCAAGAGCUUCCACUCGAUCCUUAAGUGCAGCCGCUAGUGCACUGGAACUGAGUGCGUAGAAGUCAGCGCCUGUAAAGUUGGUGGGGCAAUGCUCCACUACAGCAUCCAAAUCAGCAUCUUCCGCCAGUGUGAACUUCCUCGUCUGCGCCUUCAACACCUUGAGUUGCGCUGAUUUGUCGGUGCAAAUGCCAAGAUAUAACAACCGAUCAAAGCGACCGGGACGUAGCAGUCCUGUUUCCAGCAGAUCUGGGCGGUUCGUGGCGCCAAUGACAAACACUUGAUCGUUUCCACCACCGCUAAGCCCGUCGAUCUCCGUCAGAAGCUGCGAGACCACGCGGUCCAUGACACCACCCGAGUCUGAGCCACGUCCACGCAUCGGUGCUAGCGAGUCCAAUUCAUCAAAGAAAAGAAUACAAGGACGACAGCUACGAGCCUUGGCGAAAACUUGUCGAACGUUCUUCUCGCUUUCACCGAUGUACAUGUUCAGCAGCUCAGGGCCCUUGACACUGAGGAAGUUGAGGUUGCAUUCAGUCGCAAUGGCCUUCGCUAGGAGAGUCUUGCCUGUUCCUGGAGGUCCAUACAGCAAAAUACCAGACCGUUGACGGACUCCACUGGCGAACAGCUCUGGGUGCUUGAUCGGUAGCUGCACCACGUCCAGAAUCUCGUCCUUGACGUCUUCUAGACCACCCACAUCAGUCCACUUAACGUUGGGAAUCGACGCAUUGCCAAUGUUGGCCGAAGAUGCUUGGGCUUGCUGAUUCUGGGCAGCUUCCUCCAUGUCCUUCGCUGAUACGCAGCACUUGCGUGGGAGAUCGUCCGAGUUAGCAAACACCACAUCUUCCAGCGAUACGUCGCUGGUGUCCGUCUCGUCGCCCAGAAUCCUCUCGAUUGCUAGACUCCCAGCAUCUGCUAGCAUUGCCGACAGCUCUCCAUACGUCCGACCCGCAGUCAACUGUGCAAUCUCCGUCAAGUCCACGUCCUCAUCGAUCUCUAUAGAUGUUGCCAUGUGCUGUAAGAACCCCAGUCGCUUGGAAAGAUCGGGUGCCUCGAGGUGCAUCUCGUAAAGGAAGCACUGUCGAAUAAACUUGGGCACUUCGUUGACGUCUUCUACGCACGCGAUCAACGGGAUACUGUGCUGGUUCUGACUCAGUGAGCGGAUGCACUCAGAGAGAACAGCACCGAUCCGCAACUCCGCUUCCUCGUUGUCCUUUUCGACUGGGAAGAGAUGACUAAUAUAUAGGAGACAGGGUGAUAAGGCCUGAGCUUUUGAUACUUGAUCCCGCACAUUUUCCAGCAGAUGAAGCUCUGAUUGACCCGUGAGAUCAGUGAAUGGAACCUCCACAGUGAUCACUCCCAACUGCUUGGCCACUUGAUGCACGAGCGUCUUCUUGCCAACACCUCGAGCUCCACUUAGCAGCACCGAUACCGGGAUAUCGCACAACUGGGCCGGGUAGAGUACUUCGUACAACUCUUGCUGGGUAGUCGAGGGUAGAGCUGAGUCAGAUACCGGUGCGGCACCAUGAUAUCUGCUCUGUGUGAUGAACUGCUUGAUGGUUGUCUCAUCAGGAGACGGCGCCGAAGUUGACGAACCUUGCAUAAGCUCCGUAGCGUCAGACACCGUCAACGCCAACGCAUCCUUACUCUCUCCAUCCAAUCUCUCGACCCGGAAAAACAUAAGCGAAGUGUCCAAAUCCAACGUCGGAGGCAUGAGCUCCGUCACUGGCUCGGCAGCUUCGCCCUCUUUCGGCCUCAUACAAGCAGCAGGCACAUCCACGGUCUUGUACGGCACGUAGUUUUCUCUGGACCAUUUGUUCUCUUUGGAAAUAUGAGAUUGCGUUGUCUCUCGAAGCUCUACAGCGAAGAUAUCUCCCACUUGCAUCACUUUGGGCGUUGCAAAAUAGGAUCGAAUUGCGUCCAACAGACCGUCAC